UUGGAUUUAGACUCGCCCCCCUCCCCCACUUCCUCUCCCUCCCAUUCCCCCCGGGUUUAUAAAUGGUGAGUUCGCAGCUCCGUCAGGUUCAAUCGCCGCACUUUUCAGAUCACCUCCCAUCCCGAGGCUGGACUCUGCGCAUAUGAGGGGAGCCCUCGGAUUUCAAGGGUUGAUCAUUCGAAACCGCGCUCUGGACACUGGAAAGCAAAAGAUUAGCAUGCGACCCGUUCACGGGGUUGGGGAAAGAAGGGUAGACCUUCUCCUGGAUGCUCUUUGGGAACCUGCUGCGUCUCUCCAAAGGAUUUCGUGCAGAAGAUAGCUGGGUUUCAGCUUUGCAACUGGAGAGACGGGGAUACAGCCGCCCGGUUCACCCUCCCGCUUCUACAUAGUGGGCAGUGGCGGAGACAAGCGGGGUAUUCCAAUCUCAGCUGUGAGCACCAGGAUCCCUCUCCUCGCCAAUACCUGGCCGCACCUUCCAGUAGCUGGAAUCUGAGGGUCGCCUUCCCUGGACGCGUCUCACCGAGGGCUGCUUUACAAUGAGUUUUCCUUUCUUGCACGGGCAGCUGCCGCCGGCAUUCCUGGCCAUAUUCAGGGCACCGCUUGGCUCCGAAAGAGGAACACAUUGGUUCGCCCGCGUUGGAGGCACAGCGCCGGCCAGGUCUUGAGGGAGUGCGAGGAGAAUGAAGAGGAAGAGUCCCAGAUGGAAGGAUGAACUGGCGGCUUGUUGAUCUCGUCUCUUUGCUGUUCCUAUGGGACCGGCUGGCUCUUACCCUCCAUUGCUGGGCUCUCUUGGUGCUUUCAUCUCAUCACCAACACCAACAUGUCACCAGCCCCCUCGACUGGCUCCUGUCGGACAAAGGGCCCUUCCACCGGGCCCGGGAUUAUUCCAAUUUCCUGGAUCGAUACCGCCAGGGAUUUACUACCAGAUACAAGAUCUACAGAGAGUUUGGUCGAUGGAAGGUGAAUAAUUUAGCAGUGGAAAGAAGAGACUUUUUGGGCUCAGAUUUGCCUCUAGCUCCAGAGUUUAUCAGAAAUAUCCGUUUGUUGGGACGGAGACCAAGUCCACAACAGAUAAUCGAUAACUUGAUCAAGAAGUAUGGCACACAUUUCUUACUAUCUGGAACACUUGGAGGGGAAGAAUCACUGACCAUCUUUGUGGACAAACAAAAGUUGAAUAAGAACACUGAUCUCAAUAACAAUUCUGCUAUCAGUUUGGACACCCUUCACCAGUUGGCUGCUUCCUACUUUAUUGACCGAGAGACGACAUUACGCAAACUCCAUGAAAUCCAGAUUGCAUCUUCAGCGAUCAAGGUAACGGAAACCAGAACAGGACCUCUUGGAUGCAGUAACUACGACAAUCUGGACUCUGUUAGUUCAGUUCUGGUACAAAGUCCCGAGAACAAAAUUCACUUACAAGGCCUUCAAGCUAUACUGCCAGAACACCUGCGGGAGCGGUUUGUUCAGGCGGCUCUGAGUUACAUCGCCUGUAACUCUGAGGGUAGCUUCAUCUGCAAGGACCAUGACUGCUGGUGUCAGUGCACAGCUAAAUAUCCAGAGUGCAACUGCCCUUAUCUUGACAUCCAAGCCAUGGAGGACAACCUCCUGUGGAUAACGGACAGCUGGACCAACCACAACAAUGAAUUUGAGGUGUCAGAUGAGUUCAAGACCUUUCUGAAGAAGUUGCCGACUGAGUAUUUCCUGAACACCUCCACUAUCCUUCAGCUCUGGACGAUGGACUUCAGUCUCCAGCACCGCUACGAGCAACUGGAGGCCAGUCUGAAGGUGCUCUUCACCAAGGCGCAGAAGACUGUCCGAAAGCUCUUCAGCCUAAGUAAGCGCUGCCAGAAACAACCAAAAUUCGUCCUCCCCAGAGAAAGGGCCAUGACCUAUUGGCUUAACCGCGUCCAGUCCUUCCUGUACUGCACUGACAAUGGCCUGGCUGGGAUCUUCUCGGAGGAGACCCGGAGCUGCACCUGCCCCUAUGACCAGCUGAGCUGCCAGAAGGCCAUCCCGUGCGUGGUGGGCGAGGGGACGUCGUGCGUGGUGUGCGCCGCCGACAACCGCACCCGCUGCGGUGGCUGCAACGAGGGCUACAUGCUGGCCCAGGGGGUCUGCCGGCCGGAGGUGGCUGACUCCACCGAGCAGUACAUUGGUUUUGAGACCGAGCAGGACCUGCGGGACAUGGAGAUCAGGUACCUGCUGCAGAAGCGCGACAGCAAGAUCAUAGUGCCGGCCAUCUUCAUCAGCAACGAUAUGCGCCUCAACAGCUGGUUCGAUCCCUCCUGGAGGAAGCGUAUGCUCCUCACACUGAAGAGUAACAAGUACAAGACCAACUUUGUCCAUAUGAUCUUGGGCAUGACCAUACAAAUCUGUUUGACUAAAAACAGUACCUUGGAACCAGUGCUGGCUAUCUAUGUGAAUCCAUUUGGAGGUAGUCACUCGGAGAGCUGGUUCAUGCCCGUAAACGAAGACAGCUACCCAGACUGGGAGAGGACUAAGGUGGAUGUGCCUCUUCAGUGUUACAACUGGACCCUGAUGCUGGGCAACAAGUGGAAGACCUUCUUUGAAACGGUCCACAUCUACUUGAGGAGCCGCAUCAAGUCCAACGGCAACGAGAGCCUGUACUACGAGCCGCUCGAGUUCAUUGACCCCUCCAGGAACCUGGGCUACAUGAAGAUCAGCCACGCCCAGGUGUUCGGCUACAGCAUGCACUUCGACCCUGACGCCAUUCGGGACCUGAUCCUGCAGCUGGACUACCCGUACACCCAGGGCUCGCAGGACUCUGCCCUGCUGCAGCUGCUGGAGAUCCGAGACCGAGUGAACCGGCUCUCCCCCUACAGCCACCAGCGGCUCGACCUCUUCACCUGCCUGCUCCGUCAUCGGCUGAAGCUGACCACUAGUGAGGUGGUCAGAAUCCAAGCCUCCCUCCAGGCGUUCAAUGCCAAACUCAUCAACUCCGUCGAAAAUGAAACCACCAAAUUAUGCAGUUAACUGCCAGCACCCCUCAAUGCCAGGGAUGAGAAUGGGGAUUCUUUCUUUGAUGUUCUUUUGUGUACAAUUUGUUUGAUUUAACCACAGAUUUCCCCAUGCAACAAGCACCGGUCUUUAUUCUCUAUGUUAGUGUUGGUGAAGCGCCACAUCACAGGAGCAAACUAAUGGCCAGAAGCCCUUUGACUAACCAGCCUCUUCAGCGUGCGCCUGAAUAUCCAACCAAUAUAGCUGCCCUAUCUCGUUUCCAGGACUCUGGUAAAGCAAGCGCAAAUAUUGCACCAUGCUCCCUCCCAGAUGGGAACUAUAAACACCGAACAGUAGCCAGGGCCAGGAGUAAUGCAUUGCACCCAUUAUAUUUUUUAACAAUGUGGUGCUUAAAAAUGACACUGACCAUAAUGACGUUCUUGACCCAUGUUCCUGUAGCAAACACCAGCGCAGAAACAAAAUGGUAUGAGCUGAUGCAUUUUCUUUUUCGUUGUAUAAUUAUUUUAAUAAUAAUCGGUGUUGAAGGACUAAUGUUUUUCAAUGGUAUUGUUUUUACUGUACAUGAAAGCCUUGCGUGCUGUGGUUGCUCAGUAAUGUUUCCUUUUUCUAGGUGAGACCAGUCGUGGUGCAAAGUGCUCUAGAGUCGGACACAAAGGCGCCUUUUUGUCCUUUUGUUUGGGCAGGGUGAGGGUGGAGGGGAGGGGAAGGGUGGGGUGCAGGGGGGAGGGGUCCUGAGGUGCGUUGACUGGCUCGGGCCACUUGUCUACAGGGCAACUGUAGAUAAUUUUGGAGAAACUCCACACAGUAACCAUUCCCUGCUCUGCUGAUGUUCCCCUCAGGUUGUGUUAAACAGAGCAGAAUCACAGAAAGUGAGAUCAGUAUAAUAAUACCAGGUAAAAUGUACAAAAGUGUGGCACUUUUAGGAAUCGAUGGAAUGCAAACAACCCUUUUUCAGAGCGGGGAGGGUAGGAAAUAGUGCAGUGCCACAGCUUACUGGCAGCUUCAACUAUCCAUAGACUAUGGUGAUUCAGAGGGAAGCCAAGAGGCCCAUCAAGCCUGGGCUAACUCUUUAAAAUAACUAAUUAGUCCCUGUUCUUUCUCUAACACUGACAUGAAAAAUUUGCAUAUUUUUAUCCAAUCCCCUUUUCAUAACAGCACACACCAUUAAUAAAAAUGUUUCUUAUCAAACACGGCUCUUUUGCUAGUUAUCUCAAUGAUCAGUGAAAACUCCAGUCUGUAAAAGGUUCAGCAGGUUGAGGCAUGUUGUAAUGACCUCGUCCCCCCUUUUUGGUGGAAUCUCGAUUAGAGACAUUUCAGGAUAGCUGGAAUGUUAACCUGUCCAUGCUGGUAUGAUGUGGUGCUCUCGUGGGUUGUCUUGGAUGUAAGAUUUCAUUUUUUGUUUCAAAGGAACAGGUCUUGUGCAAAGGAACAGGUCUUGUGCACACAGCCUCCCAGUUUGUACUGGCAAUCCCACUGCGGAAGAGUAAUCGGACAAAAUAUAUAUGAAUUAAAGUCAGGAUUAAGAAACUUCUUUAUUUUGUGCUGUUGCUAUGUUGUGUUUUCCCAUUCCGAAGAGGAUUUGUUACUUCUUGGUGAAAGAGGAGAUGGAAUUUGUAUUUUGCUGUUGUGGAACACUGUGGACUGUCCCACUUUCAAUCUCAGUCAAAUCUACCUGCAAAUCAAGGACAUUACCUGCCUCUUGAAAUGACGGGUGACAACACAGUGGAAAUGGAUCGAAAGCAGCAGAUUGAAACAAUGGAAGAACUGAAGAACAGGAGGUGAAGUUAUCAUAUAGCAGUCCAGCAAGGUUCAAUAGUGGCCCAAGCCCUGCAAAAAUCAUUAGUGGAUUGGUUGGUAAAGUCAAACUUUAGAGGGGCAAUAUCUAUUCAGUGAACAAAAAAAAAUGGGUUCACAGACAUAAAAGGGAUUCUGCUGGUCUUUCUUCAAAGCUGCAAUCUGUCUCCUUCCUGCCAAAAUAAAAUUGCCCAAAACGUAUUUAAAUAUAGAUAGUGCCCCUUUAAUCUAAAUUAAGUUUUCUUUCAAUCUCCAGUAGAAUGGCCACAAGAGACCGUGAUCAGGAUUGUGCAUGUGGUAAUGAAAAGCAAAUGACCUGCUCCUCUGAUGUUCUUUGCGAAUUAAAUGAUAUAGAUGUGCAAUGCUGUCACUGUAUUUUGGGGUGUGCACUGUCUGGUUUCAGGGCCUUAAAUCUCCAAAACACUCCUUUGAACGAAAGGACUUGCAGAACUUGGAAUAUUGAAAUCUCCUUAAAAAGUAAAGCCACUUUCACAUGAGGCAAAAUAUUAUUUGUAACUUCAAGGGUGGGAGCAUUCUUGAUUGUUGAAUGGUUGUUUAAAGGUGCAGUGCGCUGCCAUUUUGUAUAUUUCUAAUGACUGAUUCUGGCUCCGUUGUAAAUUGAGUGUACAGAACUCGUCUGUAUUUGUUUUAUUGCUGGUAUUAUCUAGGAUUUGGGCAUUUAAUUUUUGGUUAUUAAAUCUGGAUGAAAAGUC